UGGCCGGCCGGACAGGCAGGCGGGGCAGACCGGUGCACCGUGGAUCGGACCCGCCUUCUCCUGCAAUCCCAGCCCACAGUCUCCGCGCAAAGAUGGCGGGAUCGGCAGCGAAGAGGGACCGCACGAUAGUGGACGGAGAUCACCUGAACAACUCAUUGACUUCUCCCGACUCUGAAGAUGCACCACGAUUGACAGUUCCCUUUUGUGGUUCGGUGAAAGGAGGCAUGAGACCGGGAAAGAAGAUCAUAGUGAUGGGUAUGGUGGAUCCAAACCCAGCCAGCUUUGAAAUCAGUCUGUGCUGUGGAGACGGCGAUGUGUCACCGGCUGACGUGGCCAUCGAGCUGCAGGCAAGGUUCACUGACCAGCAGUUUGUCCGAAACGCUUUUGUAUCUGGGCAGUGGGGAGAAGAAGAAUCAUCCACUCCCUACUUUCCUUUCAUCCCAGACCAGCCGUUCAGGCUUGAGAUACACUGCGAAUACCAGAGGUUCCGAAUUUUGGUGGACAAACAUCAGCUUUUCGAUUUUCAUCAUCGUGUGCAAAACUUUUCAGCAAUUAAUGAAAUAAAAAUUAUUGGCGAUUUGCAACUGACCAAACUUGGUUAAAGGUUACCGGGAUAGUCAGGAGGGAACAUGAACUUUCUGCUCUUAGGUCCAAGACUUGUCAUCGUGCAUGGGAGGCAGAGCCAGUAGGUCGAAGCUGUCUCAGUGUCGGUCGCCGUUGUCUGUUGUUGUGAAAAGGAGAAUCAAAUUGUUGUUUGCCACUGGCAUUUAAUUGGUGCAAGGAUUUUAGGGAGCAAUUGGGGAAACGUCGGCAGCAGGAAAUAAAAUCCAGUUAAUAACAGUUCAGAAUUGCACGGAGGAUACAUUCUAGUUCCGACUUCACAUGUCUAGGACAUUACUUCAAAUACACGGGAGGGGGAGGGAGGGGGGAGCAGGGCAGCGAACACGGUAUUUUGGUGUUCUUUACACCUUGCACUUCGUUGUAUGUUUCCGCACUGAAAUGACAGCACAAAUAAUUAACAAAUAUAUAUUUUAAAAAAGAACAGUCAGGGUAUUGUUUAGAUUGUAAAUUAAAUGCUUUGUGAGUUGUAACAUGGAUGGUGUAUUUUGUGCUCGGUAAUACCAUGUAUUUAUAACUAUUUUGCCUUUUAGUCGUAAUAAACUAUUAACCAUAGGGGAUAUUAACCAAUGAAUGUACCAGAUGUGUAGAAUGUUUCUGCAAAUGAGAAGUAUAUUUCUAGAAACUCCAAGGUUAUUAAUAAUUUUAUAGAUUACAAGCAAUAAAUGAAAGUAAUGAACAAAAAAAAACUUACAAAUACUUAUUGCUAUUCAUAGAAUUCUUAUCUUUCUAGAAAUAUAUUUUAAUUGAUGCUUCAAUAUGCUUUGGAUUUAUUCUGUUAAAUUAAACUAAUCAGAAUUGUACUGUAACAAAAGUAAUAUUUCAUUUAAGUAAAAUUGUCUGUAAUUAAGAGAAUGUAAGAGAACACUGAAAAGAAGACAAGAGUAUUGUGUAUUUUACAUGUUUUCAUUGAUACCACCGAGGGGUUGGCUAAACUGAGUUUCUUAUCAGCUGCUAUUAUUUAGUAAUAAUUUAGGAACUUGUAGAUCUAAUAGGAGAGAUCAGUGGGAAUAUUUUAAAUCAGGAUACUGAUUACAGUAAUUGUGGAACAAGAUGGCACAUUAAUAUCAUCAAAGUUGCUUUACAGAUUUAUAUGUUCAGUCUUUAGAAAAAGUAUUUUGGCAUUUUUUUCAUAUUGUCCUGCUUUUUGAAAAAUUACAUCUUUCCCAAAUUCUACUGUAUAAUUGUACGUUUGUAUAUUUGGUUAGUGUGCAUCAGCACAUGUUGAAUUCAGGAAGACACUGAUGAAAUGUAUUGUUAGAAAUAUCAAAUAUUAUGAAAACUGGCCGAAAAUCAUCUCAUCCCGAUCAUUUGACCACAUUUACAUGACAACGGAGUAUAAGAUCAUUGUGGCAUUGUCCAGUGCCUCGUUGAUUUGUUCUACUUCUCUACACUACAAAGUUAGUUGGGUGCUUUAAAAGUUAUUUCAGUUGUAGGAGACAUGGCUCACUAUAAUCUAUCAGAGAUGUCUAUUGAAAUGUAAUACUGUUAUGAAUAUUUUGUCCUUAAUUUUGUUAAGAUCCAUUGAUUGCAUAAUUACAAAUAAAUCUUUGUAAUUUCCUCA